AAAAGUAAAAGGAUCCCUCUGGCUGCUGUGCUGAGGAGACAGCGUGAGGCGGGGCAGGAACAGAGGCUGUGAGGCCGCGGGGACCAGGAGCUGAAUUAGUGCAGUUGCCCAGAUGAAAGCGAAGGACUCCCACCAGCUCACAAGAGCAGUCGUUAAACCAUCAACAACCUUGCAGGCUGGUUGUGCAGCACAGCUGUGGCUAAAAAUUAAAUUAUAUAAAUGUACAGUGGGCUAACAUUUUAUUAAGAACAGAGGUAACAGAUACUCAAAGCAUACCACUUGCUAAUUAUUUUGUUACAUUUUACUAUUGUCUAUGCUGCUGGGGUUACUUCUGUCCUUUUGCACAGCUCCCCCUCAAGUCCAGGUCCAUGUCGUAUUGGCAGCCGGAAGUUGGCCAUGACAGAUAUAUUCACACCAUGGACAUUGGCAAACGCCGCACAGCAGGGCCUGCCUCUGUCCCCCAGGGAGCUGGCUGUUCCAUUUACCAGCAUGCCACUGGUGGUUGUGGUGACGGUGGUGACCAGGGGUGAGAUGCGGCUCUGUUUCGAGGUAGAGCUGAUGGGAUUGGCUGGUGCAUGGAUGUGGGCGCGUGGUCUGCCUGGCAGAGCAGGAGCCACCGUUCCUCAUGGUGCCUUCAGCCUCCUGAGAGGUGCUGGCCAAGCGUAGAGGCAGCAGGAGGGGUGGACAAACCUCUGGGAGGGGGGCCAUGUGCACACAACAAAGCCUGGCACACAGUAGGUGCCCAGAAGAUUUCCAUUGCUGAAAGAGUUUAAGCCUUUCCUGCCUCUACAGGUCACUUAGUAGGGCUAAAUCCAGUUCAGUCUAAUAAGACACUCAUUUCAGAGAAUGGGGAAAAACCGAAUUAAAACAUAGGAAAUAAAAUUGUUAAAAGAGAGGAAAGCAGAGGCAGGCUUUAACCCCGUUUGUGGCCAGCACAGGGGCCCUCGAUGCCAGGAGGGUGCGCACGCUGACUCCUGCUGGCUGUAGCCCUGUGCUCCCCCCACCCACCAUGCCUGGGCCCUUCCCGCCCCCCUGCCCCCUCCCACCCCCCGAUGCCUGGGCCCUUCCUGUGUUCCCUUUCUUCUGUGUCCUGUCCCCGGGUCUUCCUGGCUGCUGGGGGAGCUGGACUUCUCCCACAGAGAAGGUACAGGAAAUAAGGCCGAGUGACACUACACUUCAAACUUGAUCUCAUCCCUCCUGGCUUAAACCCCCCUCCACCCCUGCCUGUUCUCAGGACUAAUAGGGCCCAGAUCCUCAGUAGACACCAGCAGUCCCUUGACAGAUGGCAUCGCCGACCUCUCCAGCUUCCAUGGGGGACCCUCCCUUUGCAACCCGCCAUCCCAAAUGGACCAGUGUCCUCUGCUGGCCAGGCCUGGGACCCGCUGCUCCAGCCUCAGCCGGGCAUGCCCUGUCUCAGUGCCCCGUCCCCUGCUGUCAGGUCCUGACCCAACAAGGGCCUGGGCAGCUUAUGGGGAUGACGGGUGGUUUGCUUGUCCUCUCUCUGCGGCCCCUUUGCAGUUUGAAGGCCGGAAGUACUGCGAACACGACUUCCAAAUGCUGUUUGCUCCGUGCUGCGGAUCUUGUGGCGAGUUCAUCAUUGGCCGCGUCAUCAAGGCCAUGAACAAUAACUGGCACCCGGGCUGCUUCCGCUGCGAGCUGUGUGACGUGGAGCUGGCUGACCUGGGCUUCGUGAAGAACGCUGGCAGGCAUCUCUGCCGGCCUUGCCACAACCGUGAGAAGGCCAAGGGCCUGGGCAAGUACAUCUGCCAGCGGUGCCACCUGGUCAUCGACGAGCAGCCCCUCAUGUUCAGGAGCGACGCCUACCACCCCGACCACUUCAACUGCACCCACUGUGGCACUUUGUCUGCGCCAAGUGUGAGAAGCCAUUCCUGGGGCACCGGCACUACGAGAAGAAGGGCUUGGCCUACUGUGAGACCCACUACAACCAGGCCAGGCCGGGGGCAUGAUGGCCCUGGCUGGGGUGUGACUGCCGGCAGCCGCUCUGACAGCCUACUCGGCCCGCAGCUUUUCGGGGACGUCUGCUACAACUGCAGCCACGUGAUCGAAGGCGAUGUGGUGUCAGCCCUCAACAAGGCCUGGUGUGUGAGCUGCUUCUCCUGCUCCACCUGCAACAGCAAGCUCACCCUGAAGAACAAGUUUGUGGAGUUCGACAUGAAGCCCGUGUGUAAGAGGUGCUACGAGAAGUUUCCGCUGGAGCUGAAGAAGCGGCUGAAGAAGCUGUCGGAGCUGACCUCGCGCAAGGCCCAGCCCAAGGCCGCGGACCUCAGCUCCGCCUGAAGACCCAGCGCCCCUGCCGGGCUGCGCCUCGGCCCUUCCGCCUUCUCGCCUCCUGCUGCCCACGCGUGGCCCCUCGUCCCCGUCCGCCUGCGGCCCUCCCCUUUUCUUUCCCCUUCGCCGCCUCCCUUCCUGUUCUCAGCUCUGCCGUCCCCAGGUCUCGCCUCUCCUUGGCUGUGGCUUCUCUCUGUGAGGAAGGCAGGAGCCGGGGAGUGGGAGCCUGUGACGGGCUGGGCCACGUGUGACAGCCACGUCCGACAGCCACAUCCGCCUGUGCCUACAGCUUCUGCCCACAGACCUCCAGGGACAGGAGCAAACUGCAUCACAGCUCCUGACCUGGCCCGGCCUGGCCCUGCCCAGGUGGCUUGGUAGCGCAUGCCAUCCUGUGUGAGCCUCUGCCCCAGAGCAGCCCCGCUAAGUACAUGUGGCUCCUGGGCUACCCACGGCCAGGGCAGCCUGUGGGAGCCACAGGGCCAGGGCCACGCAGAUGGAGGCCUCUGGGAGCCAUCCUUAUCCCUCACCACUCGCUCAACCAGUGGCACAGUGUCCCUGUGCCCACACCGAGCCACCAAGUCCUCUGUCCACACCCACAAGCUACCUGGAGGGAGAGGACCCACCUCCAUCCCUCAGAAGGCCUUCCUGGAAUCCCACCUUGGCCACCCACCUGGGUUCCCCCUCCCCCACCUCGGGACCUGUGUUCAGCCUUUGAGUGGGGCCAGGGUCCAGGAGGUGGGGGGGGGUCAGAGGCGGCUCGUUCCCACCUCCAGGGAGGACGCUUCGUCUGCGGCCAGUGCAGACCUGGCGCAGGGCUCACGCUUGCACAAUGAAGGCUUGUUCACACAACCGCA